UACCUAGAUAAUUAUAUUUAAAAAUUUAUUCAUUUGAGCAUCACCUAGAAAAUUACAAUAUGAAAUUAUUAAUUAUUGUAUUUACUUUUGCAGUUUGCUAUGGAAAGCACACUGAUAAUUCAAACGUGUAUAUCAAUGAUCAACCAAAUAAACAAGAAAUUACAACUGCUAAACCUGACACCACUACCAGUCCCAUUGAGCAGCCUGCUCGCAAUACUGACCUUGAUUCAGUGAAGCCCAAACAAAAUAUAACCGAUGAACAAAUGGCCAUGAUGGAUAUGAUAACACCACUGCCCAAACCACAUACAACUACACCAUGCACAAAUAUUACUGUUACAUUAAAUCUUGUGUCAAGCAAUCAUUACCGGCAUGGCAAAAACGACCUAUCUCACAAAUACCUAUUGAACAGCGCGUAUCGUAUGGCCAUAAGAUUAACGAUUGAUCCUGCUGAAAAUAUAUGUCAUGGCAGUGUAGGUGGUAUUGAAUUUAAAAACUCGGUUUACGAGGUGCUAACUAGUUCAUGCCCUGAAAAUUUGAGCUGGUCAAAGUAUACUAGUAGUGGUGUACCUAACGGCGCUAUAUAUGGUGGUCAAGAGCACCCAGGUGAUGAAAGUUACCCCGGUGGUCUAGAGGGUGAGACUUACAUUACCCGGGCUAAUGUUGGUGGUAAAUGGGUGGCCGCUCCCAAUCCGGUCAACCCCUCAAUGUUCUGUAGUAGUUACCAAAAAAAUCAGACAGUAGCAUUUGACCUAUCGAUAAAUUUCCGUAAUGUUGAGCCUCCUCCAGGGUACCAUUUGCCACAAUUAAACCCUGGAUAUGUUUAUGAGAUGCUAGGGCCACUUUCUACCACUGGCUUUCCGGCAGCUAUUAGCUCAGGGUCUCUCUUAAGGAGUCCUAAAAAGUUCUACGAAAUAAAA